GCUCUCCUCUACCUUGCGAUCGCCUACUUUUUUGACCAUAGUGUUCAUCCUCGAACCUGUCCUUUGGUACGAAUAUACGCGACACCGAGCAACCCAUUCGACAUCAUAUAUCCGGUAUCGGGCUGAAAAUCAGGAGAGCAACCAUGCCACGAGCAGUCUGGGCUCGGCCGUUCCAGUCCAUCGCUGGGGGCGUCGUUGUCGGCCUCUCGGCCUCUCUCAUCACCCAACAAUACGUCGGAGCCGUCCCCGCGGUCAUUUCCUUCACCACGUUCUGUGGCGGCUUUGCCAUCUUCGCCUCCAUCGUCGGUGUAACCUCCAACUAUAUCGAGUCGAUCGAGGGCAUCAUCACCUGGGCGAUUGACGGCCUCGCUGCGUUGCUCUUGUUGGCCGCUGGCAUCGCGCUUGCGGUUCAACUCGGAUCGACGAGUUGUGGUUCAAUUCUUGACGACGCGAGGAGGGGUAGGAAGGAUCCCAAUCCGUUGCUCACAGGGGGAUGCCACCUGAAAGAAGCGGCUGAGUCGUGGGGAUGCUACAACAACGCUUUCAAGGAUGAGAAAAAGGGCGAGGCUUUGAUUAUGGGUCGGUGUCAGAGGGUACAAGCGGAUAGCGCGUUCGCGUUCAUUGCGUUUAUCGCCUGCGUGGCUGCUGCCGCUUUGAGUUUCCUGUCUGUACGGCGUACGAAGUAUUAGAGAUAGGGCGUCUGAAGGAAGAUACGACCUUUCCAAAGGAUACCACUCUCUGCGGAUCAUGAUGAGAUAUCGGAUUGAAUCGCCCAUUGAUACGUGCUAUCGAGCUCAAAUGAAACAAGCCAAUUGCUUGCCUUUCAACUUUCAAGCUAUUAACAACGGGGUCAACUGUCAAGUUUGAGUCACCGACGUUGGAGAUCAGUUCCGCGUUAACUUCUAAGCUCCGUGAGAGCGGUAGUUAACCAUGAGUCCCACAUAGUGCCGAGUGGAGUCUGCCUCGACCAGACGUUCAGCUCGUAGCGAUGGGACGUUAAAACAUCGUGCGGUCUCACAGUCCGCUGUGGU